CUAAAUAAUACGGUCACAGCCGCAGUCCUGAAUUUGCCUCGAUUCGCGUUUUCUUCCAUAUAUGGCAAAUCGUACAACACGGUUUGACUCACGGCUUGGAUUGGAACAAACCAUUUCUAAACCCAUUUGUGUGCUUGUGUUUACGUGGGGGUGUUCAGUCAUAGGUGCUAUGAUUUAUUUUAAAUAAAAAAUAAACAAAUAAAUCAGUGACCAGUCGAAACACUUUACACGUGUUGUUGAUGUGUAUUAGAGAGUAAUAUCGUCUGUAAAAUCUUGUUCCUCGAACAUGAACAUUGAAUGUUUUCGUUUCAAUGCACCCCCGUUUCACGAAAUGGUACAUUCCUCAAUGGAUGCCGCUUGUCUGAGGUUUUGUAUUUAGCGAGGAAAAUAAACACGGAUCCAGAAAUAUACAGCCGUGAGAAACAACAGAGUUAGUCACGUAUCAAGGCACGAUUUAUCCAGAUGUUCAUACCGUCACGUAACCCAACCUUGUUCGAGGAACGUCAGUGAUUUGUGUGCUGUGCUUUUACAGUUCUCCAUAACUGAGAAGAUGAGUGAACUGAAGGACUGCCCACCGCUCAAAUACUACGACUUCAAGCCUGUGGAGCAUGUGAAAGUGUGUCCUCGCUACACGGCGGUGUUGGGCCGCUCGGAGGACGAUGGCAUCGGGAUUGAGGAGUUGGACACGCUGCAGCUAGAGCUGGAGACGUUGCUGUCCUCGGCCAGCCGACGUCUCCGAGCGCUGGAAGAACAGAGGCAGAUCCUUACAGAUUGGCAGGACAAAAAAGGCGACAAAAGGUUCCUGAAGAUCGCAAAAGAAGCCGAUCCGGCCGCGUCCUCUCGCCAUCCCAAGCCGAAGAAGCCAAAGCUAGAAGGGAAGGCGGGUCACGGACCCGGGCCCGGUCCAGGCAGACCCAAAUCCAAAAACCUGCAACCCAAAGUCCAGGAGUAUGAAUUCAGUGAAGAUCCACAGGACAUACCCCGCAACCCCAAAAACGAUGCUCCAAACAGAUUCUGGGCUUCAGUCGAGCCCUACUGUGCAGAUAUCACUAACGAAGAGAUCAGAGUUCUUGAAGAACUUCUUAAACCUCCUGAAGAUGAAGCAGAGUACUACAAGAUUCCUGCUCUGGGGAAGCACUACUCUCAGCGCUGGGCCCAAGAGGACCUGCUGGAAGAGCAGCGAGAAGGAGCGCGAGCCAACGAUAAGAAGAAAAGCAUGCUGGGCCCGCUCUCCGAGAUCGACGCCAAAGACGUAGACGCCUUGCUGAAGAAGUCCGAGUCCCAGCAUGAGCCCCCGGAGGAUGGCUGCCCAUUUGGUCCUCUCACGCAGCGCCUGCUGCAAGCUCUGGUGGAGGAGAAUAUCAUAUCCCCCAUGGAGGAUUCCCCCAUUCCAGACAUUCCAGUGAAGGAUGAAGGAGCCGGGACAUCACCUCGCAGCCAGGGGAAGGCUUUCAGCGUUCCCCACACACGCUCUCUGGAGGCCCGGAUCAGGGAAGAGCUGGUGGCUCAGGGUCUGUUGGACUCUGAGGAGAGACAGGGUACAGGAGGGGACUCGGAGGACGAGGUGCUGGCCGAGCUCCAGAAGAGACAGGCCGAGCUCAAAGCUCUGAGUGCUCACAACCGAGCACGAAAGCAGGAGCUGCUCCGGUUAGCACGGGAGGAAAUGAGGAAGCAGGAGCUGCGCCAGUGUGUCCGAGUGGCCGACAACGAGGUGAUGGAGGCUUUCCGGCGCAUCAUGGCCGCCAGGCAAAAGAAACGCACUCCGACAAAGAAAGAGAAGGAUCAGGCGUGGAAGGCGCUGAAAGAGAGGGAGAGAAUCCUCAAACAGCUGGAUGGAUAAAAAAGACAGACAGACUGAUCUGAUCGCGUUUCUGUUGAGUCACGGGGACCAGAGUUUUCAAAACAAACAGGUCUAACGUCAAGGGCUGGUUCGAGACUCAUCUGACUGUCACGCAUCACCACAGUGCAUCUGAAAGAAAAAAAAAAACUUUUCCAUCAAGACAGCGAUGCUAGUGUUGAGACUUUUUAAGAACUGGCCCACAUUUCCACUGGUUUCCGAGGCGAGUUACGAUUUUAUGACCAUUGAUGGACUAAGAUAAGGCGUAGAACGUUUUAUUAGUCCGGCUUUGGUGCCAUAUUUUACCGUCCGUCGUCAGACCCUUCAGUAUCACCUUAUUCUCAAACGGCACAAAGACGACAUGCAUGCUUCUUUUACCCUGGAGUCUCACUCGAUUCUUGAUUCGGUGCAGAUUAUUUCUUCUUCAGACGCAAGACGUUCUUAUUAAAAGACAAAUCCUCUACUCCUAAUUCCAGUCUCGAACCAGCCCUGGACACGUCCCAUUGAGCCAUGUGAUGUGCACUAAGAAAUCACUGAUACACUACUGUGAGAAAUCCUGUCACCAUGACGACGCCGGAUCCCUGGACUUGUCGGAAUCAGGCUUUCAGGUCCGAGUGUCUGUUUCAUCACCCGCGAUAUCGGGAUGUUGAUCUUCUGUCUGCACUCGUAUCCUGACGGCUGACGAUGCGUCUGAAUCCUGGGGUCUCUUUACCAUGUUUGCCUUUUUUGUACACUCCUCUGUUCGCAGCAAGGAAUUGUUACAGACAGUUUCCCCACCGCAUGGGUUCAACAGGAGGCAUGUUCCCUUCCCUUUCCUGAUGAUUUUGUUUUGGUUUUUGAACGGAAUGGUUAAAGAAACAGACAACACGGUGUCAGAAUGAAAAAAAUUCAUUCACCAGGAUAUUGUUUACUAGUUGUUGUUUUGUAUGAAACAAGACAACGAGACAUGUUUUUGAAUUUUUCUGAUUUUUUUUCCUUCUCAUUGCUGUUCCAUGUAAGCAAGGAAAAUAAAACAAAUGUUGAAUGAAAUGUUGGAACUUUAUAA